AUGGAGUCUGGAGAGGAGGCAAUAACCAACCUGCAGCGGCUCGAACUGGAGCACGCGCAGCGUGAUGCCGGCACCAUCGCCGACUACCAGAACUCGAAAGCCCUGACGACGGAUCAAUCCAAAUUCAAUACCAGGUAUCUGCUAAGGCUUGUGUCGGCGGUGGCUGGGAUCUCUCUUGGUACCGUGGCAGCAUAUUGGGGGUUUAGUCCCCCUGCUGCUGUCCUUACCUAUAUCAGUGAAGACCUUGGUAAUGCUGAAAACGCCAGCCUAUUUAGUAUCGUUUGGACUGCAGCUUGUGCUGUCUCCAUUAUCUUGUUUGGCAGGCUCUCCGAUAAAUUUGGACGCCGGUACUUCAUGAUCGGAGCUUCUGUGAUAGGCGUUGUUGGAGGUAUCAUCGCCUGCACGGCCAAAACAAUGAACGUCCUCAUCGGAGCAAAUGUGUUGCUGGGUCUCUCGGGCGGUGUCCACACCUGCUACGGCCUGACAGUAGGGGAAAUCUGUCCCAACAGGUACAAAUUUCUGGGUAUCACCUUUUGCGUCAUCCCCAGCAUCUUGACAACAGGCUUUGGGGCCUAUAUCUCCUUGCGACUUGUCAACACUGGCGCUGGCUGGCGGUGGUGCUAUUACACCUACCUGAUGAUGAUGGGAGCCGCGGCCGGUUUGCAGAUCUUCUUCUACCACCCCCCGACCUUCCAGCAACUUCACGGCGGGAAACGUACAAUCACGGAGGAAGUAAAGCGGAUUGACUUUGUUGGCAUUUUCUUGAUGACUGCAGGGCUUUCCAUGUUUCUGCUAGGCGUUUCUUGGGGCGGUUCUCCUCUCCCUUGGACCUCAGCUCGGAUUCUCAGUCUCCUUAUCGUCGGAGGAGUCACAUUGGUCGUAUUUGUCUUUUACGAAAUAUACUCUGGAGUUGCCAAUCCCCUCAUCCCCAUGUAUUUUUUCAAGGACCUACGUGGAUUUACGUGCUUGGUCAUUAUCUGUGGUAUCUCUGGAAUAUCCUAUGUCGCUCCAAGUAUCAUUUGGCCCACACAAGUAGCUGAAAUCUACGGCUUGAAUGCGACCGGCUGGCAGGAAAAUGCGUGGUUGUCGACCACCAUUGCUUUUGGCAUCAUUGGAGGCAUUUAUCUGUGGGGUCCCAUGAUUGCAAUUGUCAAACAUGUCAAGUGGCAGACAGUGGUGCUGGCCGCCAUGGUAAUGGCCUUUUCCGGGGCAUUGGCUUCAAGCAAUCAGUACAAUCGAGGACAGAGUGCGGCGUUCUCGUUCCUAACAACGCUUCCCGGCGGUAUCCUCGAGCUGAUUCCGGUCUCCCUCGUCCAAAUGGAAGCCAAUGAUGCCGAUCUUGGGACCGUCUUUGCAAUUCUUUUCUUGGCCAGAACGACGUUGGGCUCCAUUUUUGCGACAAUAUACCUUGCCAUCUUGAACAACAAACUGCCGGCGGAGAUUGCGUCGAAGGUGCCGGCAGCUGCUCUUGCGGCGGGUCUCCCAAAGUCAUCACUUGCUGACUUGCUCAAGGCCGCUGCGGCCGGCACCGUGGCAGCUUUCAGCGCUGUUCCAGGAAUGACACCCGAGAUUCAGCAAGCGGCUAUCGACGCUCUUCUCCACGCCCGCUCAGUUUCCUAUUCAUACAUUUAUUACGCCUCGAUUCCAGUCAACUUCUGCGGUGUUGCUGCUGCUUUGUGCCUGCGCGACUAUGAUCAUUUACUGAACAGUCACGUUCCUCGUCAAAUCUAUAGCCAUGGACAGGGCGCGGACGCCACUAAGAAGCAUGAGGAUGAGGUGGAACAAUCUCGGAUCGAGAGAGUCGAUAACAUUGAGAAUGAGAAGAAGACCUGGGGACAAGUUGAAUGUACCAGUUCUGAAUGA